CCCAUCGGACAGUGGUUGACGUGACACCGCCGCUCCUUGUCGUCAUUCAUCAAGGGUUAUCGAAGAACAGAGAGGGGGUCACCCAACAGUUGCCCCUUAAUAUUUAAAGUUCCCGAAGCAAGGUCUUUGCCAUGGAGCUGGCCCACAGUCUGCUGCUCAAUGAAGAAGCCCUAGCCCAGAUCACCGAAGCAAAAAGGCCUGUCUUCAUUUUCGAAUGGCUCCGCUUCCUUGAUAAAGUCCUGGUAGCAGCAAAUAGGGUGGAUGUGAAGGAGAAGCAGAAGAAGCUUGUGGAGCAGUUGACAGGGCUGAUUAGCAGUUCUCCUGGUCCCCCAACAAGAAAACUUUUGGCCAAAAAUCUAGCAACCCUCUAUAGCAUCGGCGACACCUUCACUGUUUUCCAGACGCUGGAUAAAUGCAAUGAAAUCAUUAAAAAUAAGGAUGACACACCUCUCUACCUUCCCACAAAAUUGGCUGCUGUGGCAUGUGUUGGAGCUUUUUACGAGAAGAUGGGCCGAAUGCUCGGGAGCUCUUUUCCAGACACCAUCAACAAUCUGUUAAAGGCUUUAAAGGGUGCAGAGUCCCAAGGAAGAGCAGAGAUUCUCCUCAGCCUCCAGAAGGUGCUCUGUGGUCUGGGCGGAGCUGCGGCCUCAUGUCAUCGAGAUAUUUACAAGAACGCCCGAUCUCUGCUCACCGACCGCUCCAUGGCAGUGCGCUGUGCUGUAGCAAAGUGCCUGUUGGAGCUGCAGAAUGAAGCUGUGUUCAUGUGGACCACAGAACUGGAGAACAUGGCGACCUCCUGCUUUAAGGCCCUGGAGGGUUCAAACUAUGGUGUUCGAGUUGCUGUGGCUAAACUGUUGGGGACAGUCAUGGCGACUGCCCUGAUGCCUAAGCAAGCAGCUGUGAUGCGGCAGAAUGUGAAGCGGGCCACACUGGAGGAAGUGUUUGAGUUAAUGUCCACCGGCUUCCUGCGUGGCGGCUCUGGCUUCCUGAAGAGUGGAGGGGAGAUGUUGAAAGGGGGAGCCUCUGUGAGCAGGGAGGUGCGGGUGGGCGUCACACAGGCUUAUGUUGUAUUCGUGACCACGCUUGGCGGUCAGUGGUUGGAGCGCAACUUUGCGACGUUCCUCUCACAUGUCCUGGACCUGGUGUCUCACCCGCGGGCCACGCAGACGCAUGUGGAGGCGGUUUAUUCUCGCCGAUGUGUCUCCUUCAUGCUGCGGGCCACCUUGGGGGGCUUGCUCGGGGAGAAGGCGCAAAUUGCUGCCGGCAAAGAAAUCUGUCAAGCCAUCAGCAAGCAAAUGAGGGCUGUGGGUAAGGAGGAUGGGGGGGAAAUAUCACGGUUCAGAGCAUUACAGAAGGCAGUUGUCAACGACAUCAGCGGGGAGAACAAGGCAGGUGCAGGCGAUGUGUCUGCAAGUCAGCACGUUAUGGUUUGUGCCCUGAAAGAACUCGGCAGCCUGGUGCAGAGUUUGAGUGCCACAGCUUCACCGCUCAUCCAGGAGCCGUCCAUUGGACUUCUGGAGACAGUGACUUCGGUGCUGCUGCAUCCCAGCAUGGCAGCUCGUCUGGCUGCUGCCUGGUGUCUACGCUGCGUUGCGGUGGCGCUGCCUUAUCAGUUGACCCCUUUGCUGGACCGCUGCGCAGAGAGAAUCAACAGCCUGAAGACCUCACCUGAGGCAGUCAGUGGUUACAGCUUUGCCAUGGCAGCUCUCCUCGGUGGGGUUCAUCAGUGCCCACUUGGUAUACCUCACUCGAAGGGCAAGUCGGUGGUGAGUAUAGCUGAAGACCUGCUGCGAACGGCUGCGCAGAACAGUCGACUGUCGCUGCAGCGCACACAGGCUGGAUGGCUGCUGCUGGGAGCCCUAAUGACACUAGGUCCCUCCUUAGUACGUUACCACCUCCCGAAGAUGCUGCUGCUCUGGAGAAACGUGUUCCCUCGUUCCCAAAAAGAACUGGAGGCAGAAAAGGCCAGAGGAGACUCCUUCACCUGGCAGGUCACGUUGGAGGGACGAGCCGGGGCUCUGUGUGCGAUGCGCAGUUUUGUGGCUCACUGUCCAGAGCUUCUGACGGAGGACAUCAUUCGUAGACUCAUGACACCCAUCGAAUGUGCAAUGACGAUGAUGUCUCAUGUCCCAGCGAUCACUAAAGUUCAUGGAGCUCAUCUGAAAGCGAGUGCAGCAAUGGUGAGGCUCAGGUUGUACGAUAUCCUGGCCUUACUCCCUCCGAAGACUUAUGAAGGGAGCUUCAACGCAUUGCUUAGGGAGCUGGUGGCAGAGUUCACAUUGACUGAAAACUCUGCCAACACAACCACUUCUCUGCUACGCUCUCUCUGUCACUAUGACGACAGCGUGCUCAUGGGCUCCUGGCUGCAGGAAACAGACCACAAGUCCAUUGAGGAUCAGUUGCAGCCCAACAGUGCGUCUGGCAGUGGCGCCCUGGAACACGACCCUUCUUCGAUUUACCUCCGUGUGCCUGUUGGUGAAGCCAUCCCGGGUCCACUCCCUCUGGGCGUGUCUGUCAUCGACGCUUCUGUGGCUCUGUUUGGUGUUGUUUUCCCUCAUGUGUCUUUUAAGCACAGGCUUCAGAUGCUGGAUCACUUUGCAGAGUGUAUAAAACAGGCCAAAGGUGUUCGACAGCAGGCUGUGCAACUGAAUAUCUUCACUGCUGUCCUCAGUGCCCUCAAGGGUUUGGCUGAGAACAAGAGUACUUUGGGCCCAGAGGAGGUACGGAAAUCUGCUCUGGCUUUGGUGAUGGGAGCUCUGGACAAUCCCAACCCCAUCCUGCGCUGUGCUGCCGGCGAAGCCCUCGGAAGGAUGGCUCAAGUGGUGGGCGAAGCUACAUUCAUCGCGAGGAUGGCUCAGACUAGUUUCGACAAGCUGAAGUCCGCCAGAGACGUUGUAUCACGGACAGGGCAUUCACUGGCUCUUGGUUGUCUGCAUCGAUAUGUCGGCGGAAUUGGCUCCGGGCAGCACUUAAAGACCAGCGUCAGUAUCUUGUUGGCUCUAGCCCAGGAUGGAUCCUCUCAUGAGGUCCAGACUUGGGCUCUUCACUCUUUGGCUCUCAUCGUGGAUUCCAGCGGUCCUAUGUACAGGGGCUAUGUGGAGCCCACCCUCUCCCUGGUUCUGACUCUGCUGCUGACGGUGCCACCCUCUCACAUUGAGGUGCAUCAGUGCUUGGGUCGCUGCCUGGGAGCCCUUAUCACCACUGUGGGCCCAGAAUUACAGGGCAACGGUGCCACCAUCUCCACCAUCCGCUCCUCCUGCCUGGUCGGUUGUGCUAUAAUGCAAGAUCACUCAGACUCCCUGGUGCAGGCUGCUGCCAUCUCCUGUCUGCAGCAGCUCCACAUGUUUGCACCUCGCCAUGUCAACCUGUCCAGCCUUGUGCCCUGUCUAUGUGUGCACCUCUGCAGCUCUCACCUCUUGUUACGUCGUGCUGCCGUAGCCUGCCUCAGACAACUUGCUCAGAGGGAAGCAGCCGAGGUCUGUGAAUACGCCAUGAGCUUAGCGAAGAAGGCAGGAGACGGCAAGGACAACAACAUCAUUAAUCUGAACAUCUCAGAAACUGGACUGGAGGGGGCGCUGUUUGGGAUGUUGGAUAGGGAGACGGACAGGAAGCUGUGUUCCGAUAUUCAUGACACACUGGGACACAUGCUGUCAUCUCUGGCAGUGGAAAAGCUGUCUCACUGGCUUAAACUCUGUAAGGAUGUCCUGGCGGCAACCACUGAUGUGGGAGGUGCUGUUGCAUUUGAAGUGGAGAAGGACGAGGAGGACGCUGAAAAAAAGGAUGAGAUGGAUGAUGAUUCCAUGUUUACGGGUCUCGGUGAGGAUGACAAGUCCAAGCCGUCAGUGGCUCCACGAUGGGUGACGCGAGUGUUUGCUGCGGACUGUUUAUGCCGCAUCAUCCACCUGUGUGAGAAUGCGGACAAAGCACACUUCGACCUGGCUGCUGCUCGUGCUGCACAAGCCAAGAACCCAAAAGGAGAUCUGCUGGUGCUCCACUUGUCUGACCUGAUUCGCAUGGCUUUUAUGGCUGCAACUGACCACAGCAACCAGCUGAGGAUGGCUGGUCUGCAGGCUCUGGAAGACAUCAUUAAGAAGUUUGCUGCCGUUCCUGAGCCAGAGUUUCCUGGACACGUUAUCUUGGAGCAAUAUCAGGCCAAUGUUGGAGCUGCAUUGAGACCUGCUUUCUCACCAGACACUCCAUCUGACAUAACAGCUAAAGCUUGCCAGGUGUGCAGUACCUGGAUUGGCAGCGGCGUUGUCAGCGACCUCAAUGAUCUGCGGCGAGUCCAUAACCUGCUGGUGUCCUCACUAGACAAGGUGCAGGCUGGAAAAGGCUCUUCCAGUCAGUUGUACAGCGAGAGCGCCACUACAAUGGAGAAACUGGCAGUACUCAAGGCGUGGGCUGAGGUUUAUGUGGUGGCAAUGAAGGUCAAGAAAGAGGCCGACUCCAAGCCCGCCAAGAUGGUCCGAAGUGGAGAUGAAGACGAUGAUGAUCUGAGUGCUGAUGUGCUUCCUCCUGACAGCCUCAUCACUUUAGUGCAGCCAGAGUUGCCUUCCCUCAGUCAGCUGUGGCUUGCUAUGCUGAGAGAUUACGCUCUGCUGACCUUACCAGCAGAGUUCUCCAGUCAGCUUCCCCCUGAUGGCGGAGCCUUUUACACCCCAGAGACCAUAGAUACAGCGAGGCUUCAUUACCGCAGCUCCUGGGCUCCUGUCCUGCACGCAGUGGCCUUGUGGCUGAACAGCACGGGAUUUGAAGGAGGAAAAGAAACUGCUCCUUCAGCACCAUCAAAGAGUCCUGUAUUGCCCGCCGGAGCCUCUUUGUCUAAUAAGAACUCUGAGGAGUCUCUGAAAGACAGGAUGCACCUAAUGCUGGGUGUCAGCAUAGAGUUCCUUUGCUUCCCUCGCCCGGAGGAACCCAUGGAACAUGUGAUGUCUUGCCUGCAGGCUUUGUGCACUUUGCUGGAAACUCCCUCAGCUAAAAGUCACAUAGCCGAGGACCAGCUGUUAGCAGUAGAGCUCUUGAAUGUGCUUCAUCGACUGCUGUUGACCCGGGACCCACCAGCCAUCCAGCUGCAGGUGACUGCAGUCGUACAAGAGACCAUCAGAGCUGCACAGGACCAACUCAAGCAACAGAAACUCAACGCGGAGGAAGGUGAAAAAGACUCCCAAGUGGUUCUAGGGGAAGGAGGAGAAGCAGGAGAUCUUGUUCCCGGAAAAUCGCUGGUGUUCGCAGCUAUGGAGCUGCUGGUUUUCAUCCUGGUUCGUCAUCUACCACAGCUGAACACACGUGUGACGGAGUCCCCCAGCCACGCGGCAGCAAAGACGCAGCGGCUGCCUGAGGAAAGCUUGCGACUGGUGGCAAAUGCCGUCGCCAUCCUGGCUGAGCUGCCAUCGCUCUGUUCGCCUGCUGGAAGCAUGACUAUCCUACCCACCGUUCUUUUCCUAAUAACUGGUGUACUGAAAGAAACUGCAGUCAAAACUGCUGACAACUCAGUGCCUGCUACUGUGUCCGCUGCUCUGCAAGCCAUCAAGACCAUCAUCACGUCUCCCAUGGCUCGAGGAGACAGUCUGCAGACACAGUGGACCAGCCUGGUCAGGAGCAGUCUGGCCUCUGUACUAGAGUAUUCGCAGCCAGACGAGUCCAGACCUGAUAUGGAUGACGUCAGUAUGUUGACAGCCAUUACACUGUUCCUACUGUCUGCCAGCAACGAACUUCUUGGAGUGACCGUCCUGCAGAACGGCUGCAUGGAGUGCUUCCGUCACGCCCUCAACUCCUCUGAUCCUUCGGUUCAGGCUCGCUGCUACCAACUGUUAUUGUCAGUGUUUCAGCACUCCAGUCGAGCCCUGGCGACCCCUUACAUUCACAAUCUUGCGCCUCUCAUGGUGGAAAAGCUAAAGGCAGUUGAGUGUCGUCGGCCAACGACGGCUGCUGAGCUGCAGGCGGUGCAGGAGGGCAUCAGGGUCCUGGAAAAUCUGGUCGGCAUGGGUGAAGAGCAGAGCCGGGUUCCCCUUUUGGCUCUUCUUGUUCCGACGCUCAUCUCUUACCUUUUGGAUGAAAAGAGCAUCUCAUCUGCAACCCAAGUCUCCAAAAGCCUGCACGAUUUUGCCCUCCAAAACUUGAUGCGGAUCGGUCCACUCUACCCUGCUGCCUUCAAAACUGUGAUUAGCGCUGCACCUGAGCUGAAGACUCGUCUGGAGUCAGCUGUCCGUGCGAAUCAAGCGAGCAGCAAAGCCAAGGCUGCAGCCAGGCAAGCUCAGCCCACCGUGCAGGCCGCACCAACCAUCAAACUCAAGACCAGUUUCUUCUGAAAAUCUUAUUAUUUUUGGCAUCUCAAGUCUUGUUUACAUCAUCUGCAUUUUCUCAAAUGCAUUUAUCAAUUAUGUAAAACAUUUAGAAUUUGAAUGUUGAAAAAGAUCUUGAAUGUUCACUUAAAACAUAACUAUAUUCCUUUAUUUGCCAUCAAUGUAACCCUAAGGAUUUUUAAUGCACUUCAACUCAAGUUGUUUUUUUGUCUUUUUUUUUUCUUUCUUUCUUUUUGGUUCAGUGUUUUCUUUAGGUCUUGAUUUAAUUCCGUUAGCAUUCCCACAACUUGGCACUGACAUAUGAGGUGCUGGUCAAAAAAUGCAUAAUUUUCAUUUUUAGUUUUUCUCCUUUCAGAGUUUUUAUGCUUCCAAAAAUAUCAUGUGUAUAUACAGAUAGCAUAUCAUGAGAAAUAAUGCUGCGUCUGAUUUUCAGUUGUCUUGUUGAAAUGGCUUUCUAAAAUCUUUUUUUUCUUCAAUUGUCUCAAAUGGAUUAAAGUUUUAUU